AUGAGCGCGGCCGCGCUGCCCGUCUGCCUGACCCGGCCCCCCAAGCUGGUGCUGCACCCCCCGCCCGUCAGCAAGGGCGACAUCAAGCCGGUGCCGGGCUUCGGCCACUGCUGCCGGAAAACCACCCGCAAGCAGGCGCGCAAGGGACUGUACCAUCUGCAUGGAGCCUCUGGGGGGGCCGUCGGGGUACCGGGGCCCGGGGCCGGGCCCGGCCUGCAGACCAGAGCCGGUGGGCCGCCUGGCCCAGUGCGGACACCAGUACCACCUCCAGUGCCUGGUGGCCAUGUACAGCAACGGGAACAAAGACGGGAGUGUCCCACCUGUAAGACCAUCUACGGCGUGAAGACGGGCAGCCAGCCGGCGGGGAAGAUGGAGUACCACGUCAUCCCGCACUCUCUGCCCGGACACCCCGACUGCAAGAGCAUCCGCAUCAUCUACAACAUCACGCCGGGCAUUCAGGGACCAGAGCACCCAAACCCGGGGAAGCCCUUCACCGCCCGAGGCUUCCCCCGACACUGCUACCUCCCAGACAGCGACAAGGGCCGCAAGCACGAACGCAUAAAAUCCAGGAAUAACUAUAAGCCCAGCAUCUGGAUUCUGGCUCCAAUUACACUUUAA